UGCUUUCUUUCGCCAAACAUACUUCUCACAAUUUAUUGCUAUACCAAAGAAAAAAUAUGGGUUUGAAUGGCAAGUUGGUUGCUUCUUUGGAGGUUAAGUGUGGAGGACACUUGUUCCAUGACCUUUAUCAAACUAGUUGUCAUCAUGUAUCCAACAUAAUCCCAGAAAAAAUCCACCACUUUAAUAUUCAUGAAGGUGACGAUAUGAAGGCUGGUUCAGUAAUUGGCUGGAAAUUUAACCAUAAUGGAAAAGUUAAUGUUACUAAGCAACUGAUUGAAGCCAUUGAUGAUGAGAAAAAAUCAAUUACUUGGAAAGUGAUAGAGGGAGAUACAUUGGUACAGUACAGUGCUUUCACCAUUACCGCAUCCUUUGAAAAUAAUUGGGCUACGUGGACAUUUGUGUACGAGAAGAAAACUGAAGACACACCAGAGCCUAUCAGUCUCUUGGGAUUCCUCCUCGAUGUGACUAAGGAUAUAGAGGCUCACCUUCACAAAGAAAUAAAAGCUUUUUAAAGAUUGGCUUGUCUUAAGCAUGUGAAAUAAUUGUAUUGUACUGUAUGGAAGUAUCUAAAUAAUGCAUGUGAAAUAAUUGUAUUGUACUGUAUGGAAGUAUCUAAAUAAUUGUAUUGUACUGUAUGGAAGGAUCUAAAUAAUUGUAUUGUACUGUAUGGAAGUAUCUCUAAUUAUUAAUUAGGUCAGAUAUUA